UACGUUCUCAUUUUUGUUUACAUAAUUGGCGCACGACGAUAGUCAAGUCAGUCUUCUCCUGUACCUCGACUUGUAAACACAGCAGCUUUCCUUCUAUCUAGGCGAGGCCACAUGGCAAAUCAUAUCGUCUAUGUAAAAGAUGGCGGCGACGAAUGAUAGUAAGUCAAAGAGCGGCAGGAAACUAACGAAAGAAAGUAUAGAUUUUUAUCAUCUUGCUGUGCAUUUCUUAAGUAUUGGUUUUGGGUUUCUACACCGGUGGCAUGUAUCAACGCUUUUUGAAAAUGAUCGACACUUUUCUCAUUUGUCGGAGAUGGAGAGAGAAAUGUCGUUUAAGACUGAAAUGGGAAUGUAUUAUUCCUACUAUAAAACCAUCGUAGAAGCUGAAACGUUUGCCGAUGGUGUGAAUAAGCUUGGCAAGGAUAAUAUAUCGGAGUAUGGAAAUGUUAUAAACGCGUACAGGAAAUACAACCUCUUACCCGAGAUUACAGCCAGUUAUCUCUAUCAUAGUGUUAGAAAUCUUGGAUUAAUACCACAAGGAGAAUGUUGGGAAACAGAGAGAGGACAUGGUUUAUCAUCGGUGACAAGUUGUAUAGGCUUAGAUGUACCUGUAUAUUUUUAUCUCGAGAUGGUUUGGAUUACUACUAUAUAUACGGCAGCUAUACUUUUUAAGUACUCGACAUACAUGAGCAAUUCAGUUUUUGGUGGUUUUAUCACUAUGCUCUUAUUCUUUUACAAUCAUAAUGAGUGUACUCGUGUUCAGUGGACUCCACCACUAAGAGAAACCUUUGCAUAUCCAAUGUUACUCUUCCAAAUGUAUUCGGUGACUAAGAUAAUUGAAAAGUACGCUACAGAAGAUAUACAAAAAAUAAAACGUUGGAGAAUACUUACAGAUGGAUUAUACAUGAAUAUGCUUUUGGGAACUGUGAGCAGUUUGUGUAGUUGGCAACUUUCACAUUUUAUCUUGACUACUCAAAUACUAGCCCUUCUUAUCCUCAAAUGGGUUGAAAUUAUACCUAAAAAUCUAUUCUUAUCAUUAUCUAGAAUGUAUACCAUUUCGAGCAUUUUAUCGAUGAUUAUAAUAGAUGGCACAUUCUUACUUCAUUCUUUAUUCUCAUGUAUUUUAAUCGGUAGUAAUUUCGCAGAAGCUAUUGUCCGUAAACUUUCCCGUUUCUUGAACGGCAGGAAAGAAGUUAUUCUUGAGAUAAUCAUUACUAUAUUUCUUACGAAAUGCUUGAAAUCAUACAUUUUCAGCAUUGAAGACGAUGCACACGUUUACAAUAUUUUAAGAUCAAAAUUAACAGGCUAUAAAGAUUUUCAUACAAUGCUUUAUACAUGUUCUCCAGAGUUUGAUUUCUUACAAUAUAAAACUUAUGAAGCAAUCAUCAAGACUCUACUUUUGCCAAUUGCUAUACUCUCAGGGAUAUUAGCACUUUAUUAUUGGUAUAGAGAAUAUGAGAACGAAGGAUAUCCUUAUUGUAUAGAAGCAAACGUAUGUUACAAUGGUCUGCAAACUGGAGCUUUCAUUAUUAUGGCUGGGUUCAUCAUGAGAUUAAAACUUUUCAUGACGCCACAUCUUUGCAUAAUAGCAGGAUUAGUGUGUAAUAAAAGAUAUUCUGAAAAACUUGGAUUAAGAAGUAAAGCAAUGAGGGGUGCCGUACUUAUUUUGUUAAUAGCUGGUAUGUCAUAUCACGGUAUGGAAAGAUUGCAGGAAGAACGAGGAUUAAUAGGUGAAUAUAGUGAUAUCGAACAGGAAGAAUUAUUCGAAUGGAUAAAAGAGAAUACUCCCAAAAACGCUGUAUUUGCUGGUAAAAUGUCACUGAUGGCUAACUUGAUGUUAUCAACCGGAAGACCCAUAGUAAACAAUCCUUAUUACGAAAGUGCGGAAAUGCGAAAUCGAACUAUGAGAGUCUACGAAAUCUUUAGUAGAAAGGACGCAGCUUCGGUAUACGUUACGUUAAGAAACAUGCAUGUUGGUUAUGUCGUAUUAGAAGAGCCAUUAUGUCUUGGAUAUGCAAAUGUGCCACAAGGUUGUCAAAUGAUUGAUUUAUGGGAUAUGGUUGAUAGUGGAAAAGCGAAAACAAAGGGAAAACUACCUCUGUGUCCAUUAUUAUUCGAAGGGAACGCUUAUCCUUUUAGACGAGCUUUUAUGAAUAAUCAUUACGUAGUCUUACAAUUAGUUUAUUCGCAUUAUUUCGAGUACAAUCCAAAGACUUCCAUGCCGCUCCAGUAUCAAUUUUGAAUACUGUGUUCGAUGAGAUGACUGAUAAGCGAUUAAAUGAUAGAUAGGGAUUCUUCGUAAUAUAAUAAUAUCUUAUAUAGGCCUAUUUUUCUGAAGAAAAAAGAAAGGAAACAAAAGUAAAGAAAGAAAAAGAGUUAUAUAAAUGAGUAUAUUAUAUGAAUCUAUCUCUAUAUAUAUAUAUAUAUAUAUGUAUAUAUAAAUAUAUACAUAUAUAUAUACACACACAUACACACAUAUAUGUACAUAUAUUUUUUGUUGACACUAAUUUGCGGAGAAAAGAAUCGAAGAAUUGUUAUUUGAAAGAGGUGGACUUCUUUUGCAUCCGCAUAAGAUCAUCCUAACAAAAUUUCCUUUAAAUCGAGUUAGGAAACAAAUUUAUUUGAUAGACGAUAAUUCGUUUGUUGAAAUUCAAGAUCUACAUAGAUAAACGAAAUUAUCGCUAACGGUUAUGGCUUCCGAUUGAUCGUGGAGACUAUUAAAGAGCAUUUUUAUAAAGAAAAAGAAGAAAAAAAAAAAGAAACACUAAUAAAAAAGAAAAAGAAAAUAAACGAAGGUUUAGAUCGAGCUAGACGUUUUUUAAAUUUGCCAAAAGAAAAGAAAGAAAAAAAAAAAAGAAGGGAGGAAUUUUAAAGAUUCAAUCUUGUUUAAUUCUAGAUUUUAAAUGUAUCAUAGAGAAACUUAUAUUGUAGUUUCAUUAAAGAUUAUGUGUGUAAAUAAUAUAACGUAAAUAUUCUUUUUUUCUUUUCUUUUUCUUCUUCUUAUUUUCAUAUUUGCUUCUCUAUUUAUUUUUAUUUUAUUUUCUUCUUUGUAAAUUCCACACGUUGAGUUGAAAAAGGAGCACGAGAAAAUACGGAUAAUAAAUAGGUAUAUAGGGCUGCUGUGACCGAUCAUCGAAGUAUUUUUAUCGAAGUGUUAACGAAGAGUAAUUAACGAUUGGCUGAAUGAACAAAGAAGAAGUAGGGAAACAAAAAAUAGAAAAAAGAAAAAUAAGAGGCAGCGAGCGAGCGCGAACGAUCGCAUCGGUGAGGACCGACCUUGAACGAUCAAAGCAUGUGGGAUUUGAUGUAUGAGAUUAACGAAGGUUUAAAAAAAGAAAGGAAAAACAUACACAUGUACACACAUGUGUACGCAGAAGGGAAACAAAAAAGGGAUAAGAGGAGAUGGAAAGAGAAGAAAGGAAAGAAGAUAGGAAGAGGGACCACCAAGGGAAAGAUCGAAGUAUCGUGACGCAAAGAUAGCUCCGUUAUGACCGACACGGCAUAGCACCUUCACUUUGGAGUGCAACAGAUAGUAUAGCGGAGAGUCGGAACGUUUGCUAUACUAUGUUGUGCCGCUGACCCAAAUGAAUCCUACCGACAGUCAGUCCCGGUCCGGGCUUCUUCGCGGUGAUAUUGCUCCCGCGCUCUUACUCUGACAGAUUUAAAAGAAAAGAAAAAAAACAAAAGAUAAUAUAACAAUAGCAACAACAACAACAACAACAACAACAAUAACAACAACGACGACGACGACGACGACGACGACUCGUAGCAAAAGCAACGUGUCUUCGCGUCGAUGACAAAAUAGAGAAGAGAGAAAGGAUUUUUCGUACGUCGUUCAUUUUUAAUCUUUGGACAGCAGACACGCACACACAAAUACCAUCGUUCUCGCGUCGUUACAUGAAAAAUUACUUCCCAUAUUGUCGCUAAAUUCCUAGCACGUGGAAAGUGCUUUCGCGUGUAAUGGUUUAAAAGGAUCGUGAAAAAGUGAAGAAUCAUUCUCGCAGUUUAUACAUCAGAUUAAAGAGACCUUUUUGGAAUGUUCAGAAAUUCAAUGGAGAGGAAAUUAUCGAGACGUUCGUAAAUCCUGAUUGGACGUUUGAUCGUAGUUUUGAUUAAAAGGGCGGGAAAAGGAGAGGGGAAAUUUUAAAUUUGAACGGGAAAGGAAAAGACGGAAGAAAAGGUGGAAGUGAAGGAGGAGGAGGAGGAGGAGGAGGUGGAGGAGGAUCACGAAAAAAUACGAUUUAUCUCGUAACACGUGUAGGUAUGCUAAAUCGGUACUGCUGACUGUCGCGAGGAACGAGGGUACGGUCGAUCUGAAAAUACGCAUUGGCAGGGUGCUUGUGAAAGAGAAAGAGAAAAAGAA